CACCUCGAUCCAUUGCUGUCACUUGAGACCCAGGUAGCCUCAGUGGUAGAGUGCCAUAAGCUUAGGCUGGUGGCCCAACUUAUGACCCUAUCUGGACAGGGAUAACUGGGCUACAAUGAUAACUGUGCUACAGUCUACUAACCAAGAUUGGAUUAGUGCAACGUUCUUUAUAUGGGGCUGCCUUGGAAAACAGUUUGGACGUUUCUGUUAGUGCAGAAUGGGGCUGUCUGACUGUUGACUGAUUUGAGAGGAACAGUUCAUAUAGCACCAAUUCUGUUACAAGUACACUAGAUUGAAUGAAUGAUUAUGGAAUGAGAAAACUACGUGUUUUUGCUGCAGGCAGGGUGUACAGUUUAUACAUAGUGUAUACACAGCUCUGUGUGUGUUUGAAUGAACGGUAGGUGUUUGUAUGAAUUAUUUUAAUGUUAUAAUUUAUUUAUGUUUGUUUUUAAAUAUAUUGUAAGUUGUUUUUAGGCCUUCAAGUAACAAGUGACUAACUAGUCUAAAUAAAUGCAUGUCCAGAGUGGUCACAGAUGUUACACUGAAUGUGGGACUGUCUGAAAGUUGAGAAUUCCAUGUGUGUACUGGAGAUGCCAUGUUUCAUUGGCAAAGGGGAGACAGAAGAGGAGGUAUGGGAAAGCCUGCUUCAGCCACCUGUCUUCCCCACUCAAUCUGCUGGCCUACCCAUUCAUACCUUAUCUCGCAAAGCAACCAAUGGCAGUGAUGGAAAGUAGGAUGGGUUGCAAAACGCACUGCACACUGAUCCGCCUGCCUGCCUCCUCAAGACCAAGGCUGCUUGCCUGCUGGGGCAGCUUUCCAGUGACAGGCCUGCUGUAGUGCCACUUUCUUCCUCUCUGACACCUGAUGCUGCUGGGGCAGACACUGUGUUGCUGGAACGAGGUAUGCAGCAGCAGCAGCAGCAGCAGCAGCAGCGCAGCAAGGUUGCUCAGGGGCUGCCCUGGCUUGCCUUAGCUGUUCCUUUGCAGCUCAUCUGGGCCCACUGCUUUCCUGCCUGCCUGCUGCUCUGUCAUCAUUGGUGUGGCUGCCUACUGGCGACCAUGGGAACUGCAGCAUUGUGACAUUCUUUGAUUCAAAAAUAUAGUACAUGUAGGGCCUGCCAUCCACAUGCUCGUUAUAUGAAAAUUCACUUAUCCAAACAUGACAGGUGCUGUCUCCAAUCCUAUUUCAGUAGCUGAAACCUCUGCUUGUGCAACUGCAGCUAUAUUAGUACCAUUGGAUCUGGUUUGUCAUCAUACCAUGAUUGGAGAUCAUGGAGCGUUAACAGUGGAACACCACUUCAUCUUCGUGACUUCCAGGAGAGAUUGUAUGGAUGCUGUUCCCUUUUGAGAACUGGCUAUAGGUUUUUCAAGAUAGGCAUGACCUGGAACAAGUUUGGCCACUGCUAAAUGUAGAUCAGUUCAUCUGUAUACAGUAAUGAUAUUGUUUCUCCAAAUCUUUUUAAUACAUUCUCCAUAAAGACAUGUUAGAAUAGUUGGGCUUAUUUGGUGCCAGUGACUUCAUUUGUUUCCAUGGUGCUUUGAAUUUUUGCCAAGCAAAAUUCUUAGCAGUAUUGAGCAAUUUAAGUGUCUUUGCUAGCUGUGUCUUUAAUCCUAUGUACACAACUAUCAGUUUUGCCAGGACUUGUUUAUUCUGUUUGCUGGUAGAAAGUUUUUCUGUAGUCCUCUUUGCUAAUGUAUUUUCGAUUCUCUAAAUGGAAAUACAAUUAUUUAUUUUAAAGGUAAAGUGAACUCAAAAGGGAACUAUAACCUCAUAUCCAGCAAGAUUCACAAAGAUGCUUCAUUUCUGCUGAGCAAUUAAAAACUGAUCUCCCCCCUGCCCCCGAAGUUACACUGAUGAUAAUCAUGGGAAUACCUGAUUUUGUGGAUAUAUUUUAUGAUUACAAACAAUUGAACAGUUGUAUAACAUAAAGAGAAUGGAGGCGCAGAGACUUCCUUGUCCUCCGGCGUCACUAAAAGACCAGCCAGUUCAGCUCUCUUGCCUUCAAGCAGUGCCAGCAGCAUCAAAUCUCUCACUGAGUCCGGUGGUCCUUCAGCCAGAACAAGGUGUCUCCCAGACUAUAUAUCUGAAAGCCCUUACCAUACCACUUUAUCAACCUACCCAGGCAGAAUGUCAUCAUCCAAACAACAGACUGCCCACAGGCCGAACCAGUAUCAACUUAGACAGCACUAAUAUGCCUUUAAUCGUAAGCCCAGUUUUACGCUCAGAGGGGACAGAUCAACUUCAGGCAGUCAUUCAGAAGCAACCUAGGACAAUAAAUAUAAUUAGUGGUUUAUCGGUUUUGCCACAAAAUCCUUCUCCAUGCGUGCCACUUGGAAGCCCAGGGAAAUCCAAAAGUGCGGGGAAGUACCUCUGUAAACAUUGUGGCCGUGAUUGCCUAAAACCAAGUGUUCUUGAGAAACACAUGCGCUCACAUACAGGUGAGAGACCUUUUCCGUGUACUACGUGUGGCAUUGCAUUUAAAACUCAAAGCAAUCUGUAUAAACAUAGGAGAUCCCAAACACAUGUAAACAAUGCCAGGCAGCCCUCAGAAUCUGACAGCAGUAGUACAUUAGAAGAGACCGAGAAGGUGUCUGAAAGUGUUGGAGCUCUCCAGACAACAAAAGCCAACGAUAGAAACUGUGACCAGCCAAGGACAUUGAUUAAACAAGCCAUUUCAGAGUCCACAGAUGUGUUAACUAGGGAGAAGCACCUUCCUGAUGCUGCUUUGCCGGCAGUGAAUGCUUUAUUCCUUGGAUCUGAAAACCAGUGGAUGACAGCGGACAACUAUCACGGAGGGCUAAGUCAGAAUGCCCUUGAGAAAGAGACCAUGAAAGAUCCAUUGAAUUCGCUCCAGAGAAGAAAGAUUCAGGAGCAAAGGUCUCCAACUGUCAGUAAGCACAGUCAGCUACAGAGGCAGCAAGCCACGUACUCGGAGAAGCUAUGGGACAGCAGAUCUCCAGACUACAAGCUGAAGAAAUGUGAAAGCACUGACUCAGGAUACCUGUCACGCUCUGAUAGUGUGGAACAGCAGAUGCUGUCUCCCAGCCCUCUGCACAGUCUUUGUGAGCACAGCAUAGAGUCAGAAAGUGAUACAGCCAUUAGCAACCUCAGGUACACAGCAGGAAAUAGCUCAAAAGUAGAUUUGGCUGAGAAAGCACCAGGAGCCUUAACGUUUGAGAAAAAGAAAUUGGAGGAGCAUAUCUCAAAGCUAAUAUCUCAAAAUAAAGCUGUGGUGGAUGACACCCAACUGGACAAUGUUAGACCCAGGAAAACAGUCCUGUCCAAACAGGGCAGCAUUGACUUGCCAAUGCCUUAUACGUAUAAAGACUCGUUCCAUUUUGACAUACGGCCUGUUGACAUAAACAGAAAAAAGAACCUUUCUCUGUUCUCAGCCAAGUCUAUAUUCACACCUGUGGAAAAAUCAAAGCCAUCGUUUUUUCACUCGGUCCCCACUCAGUUCUCUACGACAAUUGAUUGCGUGCCUGUUACCAGAAGUAACUCUUUGCCUUUUGUUGAGAGUACUAGGAGGGUACAGGAUCAAAUAGAUAGUUCAAAAUUAACUUCUUUCGCUAGAAUGUCCCCAAACACAAGUUUUUCUGGUUUAUUGCAUAGCAACAACUUUGCUGCAAGUACAGCAGGCUUUCCUAACAGCCACCCCCGAGCACUUGUCAGGCAGGUGGCAGUAGAUGACUUACUGCUAAGUAACGUGAUUGAAUCGUCAUCUUCUUCGGAAGAGAUGAAAGGCACUAAAAAGCCUGGAGCUGGGGGGGAAGGAGCAAACGCAAAGUAUAAGAAACCCAGUCAAAGAAAAUUCAAAAUGUUCUCUCAGGAAAAAUGGCAGGUUUAUGGGGAUGAGACAUUUAAGAAAAUCUACCAGAAAAUGAAAAGCAGUCAAAUGAGCAAGAAACCAAAGGAAAAUAAGACAGAUACUUCAAGCAUCCAUUUGGAUGCCAAGGAAACAACUAGUCAGGAGGGAGUUACUCUGCCAAGAGAAGGCAGAAGCAACACAAUGGCAGCCAUUUCUGCAAAACUGAAUACUGAAGAACUGAAAGGCCAUUCUAUCAGUAGUCCUAUAUUGCAAUGUGUUUCCUUACAGGAGAGUUCAAGGAGCUUUGCAGAAUCAAUGGAAACAUCAAGUACUGUCAGUGAUUGUGAACACAGUGAUAUGACUCAAACACUUCUGGAACACAGGUGCAAAGAAUUGGGUGUUUCAGAAGAAGAAUCAAACAGCAACACUCAGGUCCAGCCUUUAAGUUCCAGUUGUGAACUGAAGUUCCCACUUCAGCAAGCCACAGAUCAAGAGACUGUUACCUCAUUAAACACCGCUAGCUUGCAUAAUACUGGCUCAGAGGAGACAAUUGCACAAGAAGAAUUUAUUAAACUUUUGCCCCCAUUACAUGAUGAUAUUUUGACCUGCAAAGGAGAAGAUACUGGUGGAAAAGAAAGCUUUCAACUUAAGCAGGGGGGCUUACCACCACACCAGCGCGACAGCAGUGAGCCAGUGCAGGCACUUCAAAAGUUACCCUCAGAGAGAAAAAAGUUAAAAGUGGAUAAACUGAAGAGCAAAGAAAAUACAAAACUAAAAGUCAGUAUUGGUCACAGCAGCUCAGAAGAGAGAACUGUGAAACCACUAGACCAUUGCAAAUUUCUUAAUAUGGUUGCUCCAGUAUCAGUAAGUCACUCAGUUAAAGGAGAAAAGCAGACAGGAACAGUAGGAGCAAAUGCAUCAGGUGGCAACAUGGAAUAUGAGGAAGCAGUCAAAUAUCCCAUAAUGGUUUCUAAUAAUAAGGGUGAUGUUGCUAAUCUCACUGAUAAAGCAAGUGUACCAGCAUUUUCAUUUUCUGAACAACUCAAGGCUGGGAUAAAAGAACACACCUGCAAUUCAUUUGCUUUACAAAAACUGACAGAAAACCCAUGUCCGAUGAUAACGGGGACAGAAAUGUCAUAUCAGAGUGGAGAUACGGCACCACCCCACACACAUAAUAUAGCAGUUGAUCAAGGACCUCCACAUCUAAAGAAAAAUGAAUUUCUCCCAAAGUAUAUCCUAAAACGUGCACAAGAAGCGAAUAGUACAGACAUGCCAUUAAUUCUAGCAGGAGUGUCAAAGGAAAUGCCCUGUUUUUCACUGCCCUGCACGUCAACUGACUCCUCUUCCCUUGCCAGUAACAAUAGAUCAGUUGGAACCAGCUCCACAGAUGUAUUUUUGUGCCCUUUGCAAUUGGAACUGAGUCAUCUGAACAGAACAAAAGAGCUAAAAGGGGAAGUACAUACAACGCUGAAGUCUCUGGUAGUUUGCUCACCAGCUAUCCUAGAAACCACCAGCAUCACAACCAGGUUAGACAGAAGAUGCCAUCUUCAGAAUGUCAGGCAGAAGGAGAAGACGAAAGAUGAGGGGAAAGGAGCUAAUAGCAGAGACCAUUUAGGUGAUCAAAAGCUACCACAGGAAGGGGAUGGACGUGUGAUUGUUUGUACAUCACAGAUGCCAGGGGGAAAAAUAUGCUUUACAUCUAUGUACAGAGGAGGGUUUCUUAUAUCUUCGGACAUGACAGGGCAGAGUCCCGCCCUUCAGUUAAUACACUCAGGGAACAGUUCAGUUCUAUCUGUGUCUUCAUUGGUGGAAAGGGCAGUUUUUUGUGGAAACACAGACACAAAAAUCACAGAAUGGCAGUCGGCUGUUAACCCUUUUCCAGGAUUUCAAGAUCUGCCCAGCUGUUCGGUCGAUAGUUCCAAAUGCCUUUGCCAUUCCUCGGAUACGCUUUAUUGCCAUGUGCUCUGCACCCAACAAAAGGAAGUCUGCACUCUUUCCCAAUUAAGUGCAGUUUCUCCUGCGGGAAACUUGAAAGUUCCAAGCUUGAAUAUAUCCUUCCCAACUCUAAAUGCGGAGCCUCAGCUAACGUGGUGCUGCUUAUCUAGAAACCUCCCUCUUCCUGUUGAGCAGAUGGAGAAGAAAUAUUCUGCUUAUUCUUCCCUGCAUACCUGCAAAAAUGAAAGCAUGGUGUCAAAAUGUAGUCUUUCCUUUUGCCAAAUGAAAAGUACCAAGAAGGCUGCUAGCCAAGGCUUGACGGCUGGGACCCCCAAAGCACCAGUCACUUGCUUUUCACAGAAGCAGCAGAUAGAGAAGCAGUGCUUUACAACAACUGGAUUUGAUGUGCUGUUAAAAGGCAUUCCAGAGGCAGAAGGGGCAAAAGAAAAGCUUAACAAAGUGAGAGGACUCGCAACCAAUAAAGGAAAGAGAAGCCGUAAAAGGAAAAAAAUGAAGAUCAGUCAAAAACGAUAUAAGGGGAGUUAUGGACAUAGACACAUUCUGCUGAAAACCAACAGACUGGGCAAGCAACGCUGGCCAGCAAACAGGCCCCUGGAGACCCCCAAAAGGCGUCCCAAUUCCCACACAUCUGACAGCCAUGAACCUUGUGGGAAAUGGUCCUGUCUUCCAACAGCCUCUCAAGGGAAUGACCAAAAUCUACAGCAGGAGACAUCUUAUGCCCCAACUGACAAAGCUGCUUCCUCUGUGAAAAAGAACCAGAUGAAAGAAGAAGUUCCUGAGUCUGCUAAUGAACACUCCAGGGGCAGUCUCUCUCUUCAUAUGAUGCCUGCAGUUCCAGAUGUUUCAAAAGCAACAUAUUCCUUUACACUGGCCACUGAUGCAGUAGUGGAAAAAGCAAACACCUUUGAUGUCAACGCCUUAGGAAUAUUUAAGGAAGAACCACAGCCAGAUGUUAUUUCUGAUGACUGUUGGCCUUCCAUUGAGCAUUGCAACUUUGAACUGAUAGUUUCAGGCAAGAGCCACUCACACAGCAUUGUGGAUUCAAAGGUUAUUAGUCCUAUAUUUGUGGGAUCAAAUGCAGACUGUGAUAAUGUAGAAUCAAAGCAUCAAAAUUUUACCGACUUAGAGCCCUCUGGCCACGUCACAGGAAGAAAAGAAAAACCCACAGGUGGGGAUUUAUAUCCAUCUCUAAAAGAGCAGCUUGCCCCCACCUUCCAAACUCCAUGUCCUGCUUUGUUCGGAUCCAAGUUGCUUACUGGUACAUCAUUUUCAAGCGAUCCUUUACAUAGUUCAGGGCUUGUGCAGGAGACCAACAGCUCUCCUGGCCACUGUAGCUGUACAGAGAAGAACGUCCACUCUACAAAACUAGGCAAUGAUCAAGGAAAGCUUUCUAAGCCUGGAUUUCCUCCUUUCAAAAACCCCUCUACUUUCAUAGCUAGCUCUGGAACACUAUCCAAACCCUACAAAAAACAAAGCUUAGAAGUGAUGAGCAAACAAGCUCACGUGGAAUAUGACGACAUAAGCAGCAGUGAUGAUGAAGACAGGCUGAUUAUAGAAAUAUAGUGACUAGCCCAUCUGCUGUUGAAGAGAAGGCAGGAGUGGGAAACCUUUUCUCAGUCAAAGGGCCACAUUCUCUCCUGGGAAACCUUCCAGGGGCCACAUACUAGUGGUUGGCAGGGCUAGAUGCAAAAGGUGAGUGGAAGCAAAGGCUAAAUGGGCAGAGAAAUGGGUGUACGACUCUCACCUCUGUACAGCAAGCGACAUUCCAGCCAUGCAGAAAUCAGGUUUCUACAUCCACGCCUCUGUCCUGGCAAGCAAGAAGCAUUAUCUACCCCACCAAAAGGACUUGACAUCAGAGAAUAGGGUUGGCAAAGGAAGUGGCUCGGGGAAGAGUCCUGAAAGCUGGCCUGAAGGCAAAUUCAGACUCUAGACCUGAGGUUCUCCACCCCUGAUAUAGGGGCAUGAUCAACAGGAAGUCCUGUAAGGACCAGACAAUUGUCAUUCUGCCUUUAUCCUCCACCUUAAGCGCAGG